AGUGUUGUGAGACAAUAUGUUUUGAUAGAUUAAGUGCUGAAAAUGAACAUUUAAGUCCAAACAUGUGUUGCAAAUGCUUAAACAAAUACCAAACAGACGACAAAAAUGGUCGAUCGAUAUUCUACCGCAGUGAAAUAUCAAAUGAACGUCUACAAGCAGUUGAGUAUCAAAAUUAUAAAAAAACAUGUUUUGAAGAUUGGCGGAAUAAUUUUUCAAAGGAAUCGGAAAAUAAAACACCAGUAACUUCCUCAGAUCAAACGCAUUCCAAAGACGUGGUUGAAGGCUGCAAUAAAACGGGCCCUGAAACAAAUAGUUUGAAUGCCAGUCCCAAACAUGGAAUCAAAAGAAAAUUUGAACUUACUACAUCAGAAGAAGAGUAUGUAUCACCUAAACGAGUUUCACCAUAUUUAAAUACACAAAAGGAACGGAAAGACGACCGGAAAAAGAUUCUGAAAAUGUCAAUAAAGAAGCUGAAAGACUUAGACGAUCCAGAGACUUUUCUAAGAAGAACAGUUCUUGUUAAUAACACAAUGAAGCGCUUGCAAGUAGACUUACAAGAAGAGCAUGAACAAACAAAGGGUUUUAAAAGUUUAAGACGAUACGGUGUACCGGGAAACAUGUGCAAGUCAGACCUUUAUUUAUUUGAUGAUCCUUUCCUUAGUGGUGUUAAUGAGAAAAUAACAGACGAUAUGACCGACACACUCAUUAGUAAUGUUUUUGAAAAUGAAAGUGACGAAAGAACAAAUGAGCUAGCUGAAUGUGAAAGUUCAGAAAUUGUGAAUGAAACUAAGUGUGCUGAUACAAGUACACAACUCGCUGUGGAUUCACGAUUAGACCAUUCCUCAGGUGUUUCUGAAGAACGUUUAGAUAUGUUUUGCGAGACUGAUUGUGUUGAACAAACUGAUUAUCGAAUAUCCUAGCGUAGGUAGAUAUGACCUUACCAGACGUGCCGGAAAUGUUUAAUGAAAUAUUAAAAAGCAAAAUGGCGAAUACAAUCAGUAGAAUUACAUUUUACUCACGGCCUUAUUUGUUGACAAUUAAAGCGGCCUACAGCUUUAAAGCGGCCUACAGCUUUUCUAAAUAUAUUAUUUUUUAAUUAAAUCAGAUAAAUCGUUUCAUAUAAUUGUCAAAUCAAAAGAGUAAAGGCGGAAAAGUAAUUUGCCAAUGAUGAAAUACAGGUACAUAAACAAUAAGGAAACCCCUCGAUAACUCUAUCAGUCGGCUCUCCCUAUAUUUAAAUUAGAAAAGCUUUCUAUUCGUUUCCCGAUGCUCUUUUUUUAGACACGAACGUCACAGACGCGUUAUAAAUAGCUCUUGGGACAUUUUUUGUGGUGAUAUGAUGUUCCUUUCCAAGAUAAAAUUACUGAAAUAGUUUGAAACCACACAAAAUUGUUUUUUCCAACAGAAGAAGAAAGCUAAAGGCCGCUUUAAGAUGUGGUAAAACAUGUAAGCUAUGUAUUUAUUAGAACGCUGGUUCACUAGUAUGAUCAUGACUAACCCAAGACCGUGCUUAUUUUUUCAUGAUUAAUAUAACGUUAUAAUAUAUAACAUUAUUUGUAACUUUCCGGUAACAUAACGUGUUGCUACAAAACAAAUUUACGAAUGCUCGAAUAAAUUAAUAGACGUGUUAAAAUACAUAGAAUCCUUUUUAUUUAUCUAACUGUUUUACAAACAAAUCAUCAGAUUUACAUAUCUUACUUGAACUUUUACAGUUCAUUUUUACAUAAACAUACCAAUUUAUAGGAAUGUGACGUAACGAGACACAUAUAGGUAA